AUGCUUGGUAUCCAACGGCCCGUGAGUCCUCCUGUCAAGGCCACUUUUCUCGUUGUAGCACAAAAUCACGAACGGGACGGUAUUUUGUCCACGAUCUUACAAAUUGAAAAGCGAUUUAAUCAUCAAUUUCAUUACCCAUACGUGGUGUUGAGCCCUGAACCUCUCACCGACGCCUUCAGGAAUGCGAUGGCCACGGCUACCAAAGCCAAAGUUAUUUAUGGCACGAUCGAUGAUUCUCUGUGGACGUAUGACGACGCUGAGAAAGCCAACAAUGCAUCGACCGUGCGUCAACUAAUAACACGUGUCCACAGAUUUUACACUGGCUUUAUGCAUCGUCAUUCGCUGUUACAAGGUUUUGAUUACUAUUGGCGCGUAGAACCAAAUGUUGAAUAUCAUUGUGACAUCGAUUACGACAUAUUCCAGUGGAUGAAAAAUCAGCGACUCCAGCACGGAUGGGCGCUGGCGACCAUGGCUACUACCGAAGCCUCACUGCAUGACACAUGGGUGUCUUACAGCAAUCAUAUUCGUUCUGCUGUCCUUGACAACGAAUUUGUCACUGACGAGAGCACGUUUUUCAUUUUUAUCACGGAUAACGGAGCCGCUUACAACGGGUGUCAAUUCGGCUCCGCUCUAGAGAUUGGAUCCAUGGAAUACAUGCGCACUGAAGAAUAUGAUCGAUUAUUCAGGUUUUUGGAGCAGAGCGGAAUAUCUUAUGGAAGAGAGACGGAUGUUGCCUUGCGCAUGUUCAUGACAACGAUCCAUUUACGGAAAAAUCAUAUUCAUUUUUUCAAUGAUAUUGGUGUAUCGAAAGGAGGAUUAACGCAUUGCCCUUCCGAAAAAUACCUCUCUACAAAAUGUCAUUGUCCGCAGCCCAUGGCAGCGAAUGCAUCUACAUGUCAGUCUCGUUUUGAGAACCUACGGCAUGGAUUAAGAUGGGAUGAGGAAACUUACCGUAGACGCACCCAGCCCCAACGUCUACCCAUACACCUGGAUAACCUUAAAUUGACCUCUUGAGCACUAAUGGUGGUUGUGGUUUCUGUGGUUUUUCUCUUGUUAAACCAAAGAGCAAAAGAAACAGAUCAGCUUUUCGUUCAUGUAAUAAAAGGCGCGGAUUGGCUGUUUUUGCAGUG